AAUUAGUUUGCCCAAUACAGUUUUACCAUUAGUCAACUCUUUCCUUUUUUCUCCCGUAAGUCCCCAAAUACUCAUUUACGUUAAACCUUUCACUGGGAGCUCUGUUUUAGGCUCUUUCUUUGUUAGACCAUUUUUGUUUAAAUAGUUUUUUUUUACAUAAAUUACCAAACAACCAUGCGAUUCGCGGCACCACCGCCGCGUUCCGGCGAUAUCUCACCGUCUCCUUCACCGUCUUCUUCACCGGUUCCUUCACCGACUCCUUCACCGUCUUCAGGUUUAUCUGAGGAGGUUCUUUCCCGAUUCUCGGAUCCUCCUUUGGAGUUUAGUCCUCCGUUGAUCGCUAUGGUGGUUGUUUUAGCCGCCGCUUUUCUCUUCGUCACCUACUCUCGCCUCAUCUCCCGCCGUUUUCUUUCUCCUCUUUUCCGUCGUUUCCGUCGGUGGCGAUGCCGUCGACGCCGUCUUCUUCACCUAUCCUCAGCUUCCUCUGCUUCGACUUCAUCCUCCGAUCUCCGAUCGUUUUCCCCUUUCCCUUUCGACUCUUUUCAUUAUUCCUCCUACUCGCCUUACGGAUUAGAUGAUUCAGUAAUCAAAACGCUUCCUCUGUUCCUUUACUCCGCCGCCGCUUGCACCGGGAAGAGCGUUUCCGCUGCUUCUGCGGUGGGUAAAACUUCCGCCGCCGUUGGAGAUUGCCGAGACUGCGCCGUUUGUUUGUUGGAAUUCGAGGAAGGAGAUUACGUACGGACUCUUCCCUUAUGCUUCCACGCUUUUCACCUUGAAUGCAUCGAUGAGUGGCUCCGAUCUCACCCUAACUGUCCGCUCUGCCGUACGGCGAUUCUCGGAUCCACGGCGACCGGCGUUUUGGCUCCUGUUUCGCCGUUCAUCCCUCUCAUGGCUCCUCGAAUUCGUCCAAGCUUCGACGACGAGACCAACGCGAUCACCAUCCGCGGCGAAAUUCCCCAGCGGAGCAAUUGGAACACGAUCGCUAAUUCUGCGACGGCUGAUCAUGAGAUCACAGCGUCGUUGGAAGAGCAAUCACCGGUUAUUUCUCGGUUUCGGGAGCUGAAGAGAUCGUACUCCUUCGAUUACGAGAGGGAAGAAUCGGGGUCAGAGAGAGUGACGAUGGAGCCAGCGACGGUUUCUCCGUGGAGAUACCGGAGAUCCACGUGGAAUAAGCAGCGGCAAUCUCCGUUCGGAAACCUGAUAUCGAAAUCGAGAGUGUUCUCGUUUCGGUAUUACAGAGGCGCGAAAUCGCCGUUUUUCCGGCGGCGAUCGGGGGUGUUUUUCCCGAUAUCGGAGCGGAUUCCGGCGACGGGAAGCUCAUCGCGGCGGACGAAAUCGAUGACGAGCCCGAUGUUCUUCAGAACAGCGCCGCACUCGUCGAGCCGGCUAAGAUGCGGAGAUCCAGAGGCACUGUUAUCGCCGGAGAGAUGGAGGAGAGGGGACACGUGUAGGGUAGAUAUGUAGAUGAAAUUGAACGGUGGGGAUGAUAGGGAAAGAAAAAAUGGAAGUGGAAGGAGAGAGCAUUAAUGGAAUGUGGGGUUUAAAGCAUUUAAUGGAAUUAAAAUGGACGAAACAGAGAAAGAUAGAAGCAAGAGAUUCAGAAAUGCUCAGCUGCUCUCAUAACAACAAGGUCUCUCUGUAUAGAUUGGGAGACGCCAAGACAGUGAAGGUAAUGGAGCCUAUACGACGACGGCUUGGCUGGUUUUUUUCCUUUUAUUUUUUUUUUCUCUUGAAGCUAUCAAAUGCAUUAACUUCCAAAGCUGCCAAAGUUAUUAUAGAAACGAAGUCAACAACACAUUAAAAUUUCGUUUCUGUAAUAACUUUGAAUCGUCGGUGGCUAAUUAACUCUACUGUUGUUAUUUUCUAUGAUACGGAAUUUUAUGUUUUCUCAGCUGUGUUUUGUUUUGUUCAUACUGAUUUUCUAUGUAGCUGUCGAUUAAGUUUGACCAAAAAUAAUUGAUGAUUUAUUAUUAUCUCACUAUGACAUAUGAUGAUAACAUUUCAG